GCUCCAAGAUGGCGGCGAGGAGGCGUGGCCGGCGGACCCGUGUCCAAAUGGACUGCAGGUGUGUGGAUUGGGCACCUCUGCACAAUUAAUUAACCUCCUCUCACUGAAUAAAAGGGGAGCAGCAGAGGAGAGAUAGAGAGAGAGAGAGAGAGUUGGAGAGCCAGCAGCACAUGCAGAGCGAAGGAAGAAGAGAGAGCAAGCAGCAAGUGACGCAGCGGAGCGAGAAGCGGAUGCUAAACGCGAGAGGCAGGCUGAAAAGCAGAAGCGGAAGAGCGAGCAGGAGGAGCCGGAGUUGAAAAGCGACACGACCUGGGACUGAGGUUUAUUUGCAAAAAUAAAAGAAAGUCAACCCCGCUCGUGACAAUGUCCUUCCUUGAUGGUCCUGCGAACUCGGACGACAGCUGGAGUCGUUCACAAUCACUCUGUCUAAAGAGAGAUCAAAGAAACUGCUGAAAUAAAGCCUGUGUCAAUCGUCUCGCUUCUGCUCCUGAGUCCUCAUUCUCGUCAAGGCCUAACACUGGGAGGUGAGGGAAGCAGUGAGCAGCAGCGGUGGCCGCACCUGUGAAUCAUUUUUGGUGAUUUAACCACCAAUUCCAACCCUUGAUGCUGAGUGCCAAGCAGGGAGGUAAUUAUGGCGUCACAUUAGUACCAAAAAUCCAAGCGCAUAAAAACUGUUAUUGCGCGCUGAUCCUCCACUUCGCGCGCGCGCGACACCCUUUUGCGCGCGCGUGGCGCCUUUGUGCGUGCGCGCGGUGCCUUUCUGUGCGCGUGCGGUGCCUUUCUGUGCGCGCGCCGUCUUGGUCUGGCAUCUCUCCUCGCGCUGUCAUGUUUCUUUUUGUUACUUUGGGGACGGGUAUGCUUAGACCGCCCCUUCUUUCUGAUUGGCUCUGAGCGCUGUCAGUCAAUGGAGGAGCAACGUGGCAGCCAUCUUACUUUAUUCAAAUGUUCAAAAAAAAGGAAAUCACGUUUUCAUGGGGCUAUCAUGGCUGAACAAGUAAAUCUUACACUAUUAUCUCUCAGAUUUAAUUUGCCUAAUGUAUGGAGAUAGCUUUUUUUGUUGUUUUUUUAAAUACAUAUUUUUAACUCUGCCAUCUAUACUGAUCUGGGCUGAUAUCUAAUUUUUCAUAGUUUGAGUUGUUUGCAGAAACCUAAAUACUUUUUAUAGUAAUAUUAAAACCAUAUUCAUUAAUUGUAGUGAUAACCUGUCAUUCAUUAUUCUACUAAAAUAGUAAUUGCAAUCAUAACAUCAAUAAUUGGGCCCAUAUGCUAAUCACGUGGUCCUGAUAUGAAGUACGCAUAGAUAAGUGGGUUCGGGUAGACUCUGGUGUAAACUUAAAGUAGAUAGAGGAAAGAAAAUAAAUAGUCCCACAUUGUGGCAUACAUUCAAUAUGUACAUAUACAAAUAUUAAAUAAAUACAAAUAUUUUUUUAAACAGACAAGUGAGGAAAGAAAACAUAUUUGAAAAUAUAAUUUCCAUCAUUGACUGACAUCUGUCGACUGGUUGUAUGUGUAUGAAAAGAGAGAUAUUGAUCUUGACACUUCAUUAACUAUGUGAUGUUCUCUCAACAGAUGAGACAUUACCUUCUUCAAAGACUUUUAGAUCAAAUUCAAUUGGCAUUUUCCACAACUCCACUAAAUUUGGACUUUUUAGAAUUUGUUUGUCGACAGGAGCUGUAUCUUCUGCAAGCCCUAUCCAACCACAUUCAAGUACCAGCUGCUAUUAUCCAGACUUUGCAGGAACUCUUUGAACUUGUGAAAGCACAACUGGAACAUCCAGCCCCAGAUGUCACAGUGGAGAAGACAGGCACCAAAGUUUUGGUCGAUGAACAGCAUUUGAAGGAACUGCUUGGCGUACACCUUCCUGUGCCUUGCAUAGCCACACUGAUGAGUGUUUCAAGAAUGACAAUCUAUCAAAGGAUGAGAGAGAAUGAGCUUUCUGUCAGGGCCAUGUAUUGUCCCAUCACCGAUGCUGAGCUUGACUAUUUGGUUUCUGACAUUAAGCGUGAUUUACCAAAUGCAGGCUACAGAAUGGUCAAAGGCCGACUGGAUUCUCUGGGACACAGAGUUCCAUGGAGAAGAGUUGCUGCCUGCAUGCACAGAGUUGAAUCCAUAGGUAUCAUCUCAAGACUGUCCAGUCUUAGCUGUGUCAUACGCAGAGUUUACUCUGUACCAGGGCCCUUGUCCCUGGUACAUGUGGACACAAAUCACAAGUUGAUCAGAUACAAUAUUGUCAUAUUUGGAGGAAUCGAUGGUUUUUCGAGAAAGAUACUGUACUUAAAUGCAGCGACCAACAACUGUGCUUCAACAGCAUUUCACUUCUUUCUGGAGGCCACUCAACAACAUGGUUUACCCUCAAGGGUACGAGCUGACCAGGGAGUAGAGAACGUGGACAUCGCCCGGUUUAUGUUCACAGUCCGUGGCAACAAUCGUGGAAGUUUCAUCUCGGGAAAGAGUGUCCACAAUCAAAGGAUGGAGCGGUUAUGGCGAGAUUUGUGGAUCUCUGUAUCGUUCAAGUAUUCCAACCUUUUGUAUUCUCUUGAAGAAAAUGACAUACUGGACAUCUCGUCCAUAGACGACAUAUUCUGUGUCCACUACGCAUUUCUUCCAAGACUCAAAAAAGACUUGGAGAUCUUCACUGAAGGCUGGAACCACCAUCCAAUGCGCACUGAAGGAAACCGAAGUCCGAUGCAGAUGUGGGAAUGUGGACGGAUGUUGAACAACAGUGAGGCUCAUUCUGAGAACAUUGCAGAUCUUCAAGAGCCGGACAUUGAUUGGGAGACUGCGGCUGAUUAUAAUGGCAACGACUCGGAACCUGAAACUGGCAUUGUGGUGCCUGAAUAUGAUUGCCCUCUAACUGAGGAGGAGCUGAAUGAACUCCAAACUCUCAUUGAUCCGAUUGACCCAAACUUGACAAAUGAACAACUAUACAUUGUCUGCCAUGAACAUGUGAAACGACUGCGCAUACAAUGAGUUUGGAGUUCAUUCAUCCCCAUUGAGCAAAGACUGAUCCAAAACACAUCUCCAAGGCAUCAUCUCUCUACUUACAUUGAAUCGAACCUAAAUCUCCUGCAUGACAAGUGGGACUCCUACCACUCGCCCACCAGUGCUUCUUUAGUAACAUUGAGUUUUACAAAACCUUAGUAACCAUCUCAUAUCUGUGAUGUGAUGCUUACAAGACUCAAUGUUACCUCGGAUGCACUGGUGGUCCAGAUGGUAGAAAUCUCACCUGUCAUGCAGGAGGUUUAGAUUUGAUUCAAUGUGAAGUCACAAUGUUUUAUUUGACAUUAAGACAAGACCUCCAUGGAAAGACAUAGUGUGGUCACUGUGGGGACAUCUCCUGUAGGUUUUAUUGAUGACGCCUUAUAGACAUGUUCUGGACCACUCAUUGCACAGUGGGUCUCCUCCUUAACCUUCCUCUUGUGUUAGCUUUCUGUUACCAUCUCUUAUGUUAACGGGUCGGUUUUGACCCAUGUCUUAAAUCAGCUGUAAAAUACACUAAAAACAAUUAUCUAUCAACCAAUUUGUUUCUCAUCUCUUGGUUACCUUGUUAGGCUUCCUUAUCCAUGAAAAUAUUGGUUUUAAUAUUUUUGGUGUGGGCCAUUGGGCCUUUUUUUGUCACUAUACCCCUCGAUUUCAAUUUUUAAAAAUGGUUAAAUGAACUUCAAGAGAAUUGUAUAAAUGAAUAAAAGGUUGUUGUGUUACCGGACUAUUACCGAGGGUUAUUAGAACACAUCUCUUGAAUAAAUUUGUUGAUUUUUUUUUUUCAUUUUAAUAAUUGUAACUAUAGUAACAUCUAUGGUGUUACGGGUCAAUUUCGACCCAUAUAUAUUUACUUCAAGAAAAAGGUUAAAAGUAUUUUUUUCAGCAACAGAACUUUAAUACAAACACAAAAUGAAAAUCAGAACAAGUCAUAACACAAAAUAUAGAUUUGCAAGGUCAAACAAACAACAACCAAUCAAGCAAUUUAAGUUAAGUUAAAGUUAAAGUACCAAUGAUUGUCACACACACACGAGGUGUGGCAAAAUUAUUCUCUGCAUUUGACCCAUCAUCCUUGAUCACACCCUGGGAGGUGAGGGGAGCAGUGAGCAGCAGCGGUGGCCGCGCCCUGGAAUCAUUUUUGGUGAAUUAAUCCCCAAUUCCAACCCUUGAUGCUGAGUGCCAAGCAGGGAGGUCAUGGGUCCCAUUUUUUUAUAGUCUUUGGUAUGACUCGGCCAGGGUUUGAACUCACAACCUACCGAUCUAAAGUAGCAAUGAUAGUCACACACACACCAGGUGUGGUGAAAUUCGUCCUCUGCAUUUGACCCAUCCCCUUGUUCACCCCCUGGGAGGUGAGGGGAGCAGUGGGCAGCAGCGGUGCCGCGCCCGGGAAUCAUUUUUGGUGAUUUAACCCCCAAUUCCAACCCUUGAUGCUGAGUGCCAAGCAAGGAGGUAAUGGCUCCCAUUUUUAUAGUCUUUGGUAUGACCUCCUCAUCAGAUGUGUCAGUGUCUUCUGGAUGAUACUCCACAUUGUCUUCCUCCUCAGAAACCUGUUCAUCCGUAUCACUGUGCUGCUCUGUGUCCUUUCCCUCAUUUUCACCAAAAAUAUUAUCCAGAACUUCUCACUGUACAGUAAAUCUUUUUUUCAUUUUCGCAUGCUGCAAAUUGGAGAUGUGCACUCUGCAAGUCACCAACUCUAUACUGAAUUGACCUCACAUGUCAUGUUUUAGUACUGGAUAACAAGGUCAAAUGAGAAUCCCCUAAAGCUCACAUGAUUGGUAGAGGAGCUGGCUGUCAGUGUGUUCAGUUUUGGCUCUAAUUAUUGUUUUAUUAUCUUAUUUUUAUAACUGGGUCGAAACUGACCCUAACACCGCCAAGGUCAUUAUUUCAACCAGAGCAUUUUAUAAUUUAGUGAAGAAAAAAAAAAAUAAGUUUUAUUUUAUUGAAAUAGAGGUUCCUGACAAAGUCAAAAAGCCUUGAUGCAAAAAAAUAAAUUUGUGUGGUUCUUUUAUGCAUUCAAAAACUAAAAGGGGUCGGUGCCGACCCUAACACAAGACGAAGGUUAAACUUAAACCCCUCAAG